UAAUGACUUCCAAUCCAAUGGAAUAUGCAACUUAGAAGGUUUAUUUUUAAAAAUGACCAAAUCUGCAUAUUUGAGCAUAUUUGACAGGCUAUUUACAAUAAAUGACAGUAAAAACUGUGGAACAGCAGAGAUAUUCAGAAAUCAGCAUUAACGUUAUUUAAAAUAUAUAAAAGCCAGGAAGUGUGCAUGUGGUGUUUGUUUUUAUUUAUUUAAUUAUGAACUGUUACAAAUAUAUUGAAAUACCAGUAGUCAAUAAAUUACUGAAGUAAGAGUAAACAAGUAACUGGUAAAAAAAAAAGGUCCCCUGAGUUCUGAUUAAAGGACCUGAUUGUGUGACUUAAUAUUUAAAAAUAAAGUAAUCAGACAGACAUGAAUGCAAAUUUAGUUGCAAAUUCUCGUAUUAAAAAUGACUACAAGUAACAUACUUACAAAGUGGUCAUUUUAAGCAGAAGAAGCACUUUUCCAAAUCAGUCCAUCCAUCCAUUUAUCCACUGAAUGUCAAGGUAAACAUUGAACUUGUUAACAGCGCAGCUCUUCAAAAUAAACACAUUUCCGGCCGUGCUUUUAUUGUGUUGGUCUCCUGAGCGGAAGUGGAGUGUAAGCGUUAGAUAAGGAGCUCAGCAUCGACUCCGCUGCUGCUGCGCUUCUCUUCACUGUGUCUGUGCGGAGAUGUUAGACCGUUCCCGGUGAAAAAGCACCGAAGCUCUGCCCCGUGGAAAUGCCUCACCGCCGCAGGCUGUAACCGAGCGGGAUUCGCGGACAGCCGAGCGGGGCAGAGAAGGCCAGGUCUCCGGGACAGGUUGGGAGGAAAACACCGGCAGGAUGUGGCAAGUUUUAGCAUGCGGGGCUGUAGUUUUCCCCGGUCUUUUCUUCGUCUUCAGGAAGAUUCUGCCCGCUGUGUUCAAACACUGGACCGAUGCCGACGUGGUUCUGGUCAGCGAGAGACUGGUGUCCUCCAUCCACGCUGUCAUGGCAACAACAGUGGGGAUCGUCGUCGUUUCCUCAUGCAGCAACAACAUCAUUUAUGACAGGCACUGGCUGGCCACCUAUUUCGUCAUUUGGUACGGCGUCCCCUAUAUGACGUACGACAUCUUCGCCAUGUACCUCAGCCACUACUACCGCUACCAUGUCAAGGGCCACGAGGACUACAAGCAGCACUCGUUGAAGACCAUCAACUCCUUCGUCCGGAGAGAGUUUCUGCUGGUGCUGCACCACAUCGCGCUGCUCACCAUCCUGCUGCCUAUCACACUGUUCUUCAGGAAGGACCAGGGGGAUUUCUUCAUCGGCUGCUUGUUCCUGACGGAGCUCAGCACACCCUUCGUCUCCCUGGGGAAGAUCCUCAUCCAGCUGAGCCUACAGGAGUGCUGGCUGCAUAAGGCCAACGGCGGCAUGGUGCUGCUGACCUUCUUCAUGUGCCGCAUCGCCCUCUUCCCCUUCAUGUACUGGAUGUACGGCCGUCACUACGGCAUCCCGCUGCACGCCGUUCCCUUCCACCUGCCGCUCGCCACCAACCUGGGUAACUGCUGCAUCCUGGCGCCGCAGCUCUACUGGUUUGUGCUGCUGGUGAGGAAGGGCUACCGGCUGUACCUGCGGAGCCGCAGGCCGCCACCCGCCAAGGAGGAUUGAUGCUGCGGCUGCGCUAACUGGACCCGUUACGGUACUGUAGUUCACCAGGACUGCCUGCUCUCUGUCGCUCCUCCUGGGCCUCCAUACUCCAACUCCUCUGUAACAAAGCUGUUGCCUGAAGGACCUCUCACUCUGUCUGAUUUUACUGCACUCUGAAGAAAGGUCACAUUCACCUCACUGGGAGCGGGAGGCGGAGCUUCCUGGAGACUUUCUCUGAUCUUUCACUCCUGCUGUUUGUACAGCUGCUGCUGAUGGAGAGGUUUGUUACGGCGCUAAUUGCUAGCCGCUAGUGGUUGGUGGUUAUGUUACAGCUCUGAUGUCACGUCUCCUGGGAGCGCCUCAUUCACAUUUAAAUCUGUUACAAAUCUGCAUUAAUAUUCCAAUUACACUGUUUAUUUUUGAAACUUUAUUGGGGCGAUUAAACGUUUCUGAAAUUUCAGGGUGGCAGAAGUUUCAAGGGCUUAUUUUUAGGAUCUGAUUUCAUCGUUAAAAUCGGAAACGGAUUGGAUCAUCCAGGAGUUUUUUUUUAUUUACUGCUGUGUGAUUUUUCUAAUGUGAAUUUCCUUUUUCAUUGCAUAAUCUCAGUUUAGGUUACACUGGAGGAGAGCGGGGUUAGAGCAGCUGGGAAGAGGCAGGAUGAUGGCUCAGGUUCUGGUCCAGUAAGGCUAAUGCUAGCUUCUUAGCUGGACUUAUUGUCUAGAAACCCAUUUAUUAACAAAAAGAAACAAUUCAGCAUGCCACCUUUAUUGGGUCAUCAUAAAACUUCAACAGCCACAUUUACUUAGUUAUUUUUUCCUUUUCUUUUUUACAUUUUUUUUCUUUUCUCCUUUUUUUUUUUUAUCUGCCCCCCCCCCCCCCCCAACAGUUUCAUUAAGUCCAGAAAAAUGUAACACUAAAAUAUUCAAACCGGCCAAUCACGUGUACAGAUGGGCUGACCAAUGAGCCGUCAGGGGGCGGGGCUUGCAGUGUGGUUGUAGCAGAGGCUCACUCUGCUCUCAGCUGAACCAUUUAAACAUUCAGACUCUGUUUUUCUGCACCACCUCAGUUCAAAUCAGCUGUUUGAGGUUUUGUUUGAACCGUGUUGGGCCUCAGGCCCGGACAUGUCGCCCUGCUAACGAGGCUGAUAUCAGGAGGUCAGAGGUCAGCCUCUCAGUGGGAUCCAUCAGUUUGUGUGAACUUUAUAAGUUAAAGCACUUCACAGGAACGACUGUAUAUGAAGAUUUAAAGAUUGAAAUCAUGUUUUAUUUUAGCUUGAAGACAGUUUGCUAACUCAAAGUGAACCUGCUGAACAUGAGAGGACAAUUCCCUCAUCCUGGUAGAUAUUUAUCUGAAAGAUAAUCAACACUUAUUGAUUAGUUUUAGUUUGUUGUCUAUAUCAUUAAAAUAUCUAUAGAAAAGCUAAUUAUAUUUCACAUCUAGGGUUUGAAGUCAUGAAGACUUUGUGUGUCAGAUGAUUUUAUUGUUUCCUGUAACUUCUCUAUGCAACAGAGGCCUCUGCAGCACUGCAGUCAGCCGUAACGAAGUCAUCCCUUGACAUAAAGAUCCAACGCUACGUUUCUAACUUCCCCGUCUGGUUGGUCGGAUUUAAAGCUGUAGGGUCAUUAUUGAAAACCGGAUCAGGAUUAAUGCACUAGGCUGCGUUCACACAGGAGAUCUGGAUUCUAAACUCCCAUUUUUAAUGUUUGUGCGACCAUUCAUGACACUAAUUAAAUACAACCGCAAUCAGAUUUCUGUGUGAGCGGUUUGUGACACCAUAAUGAAGAAGAACGUAGCCGUCUUCCUGCAGCGCUCUGUCUACGGCAGUAAAGAUGGCCGCAGCGCUCUGGAUGGGUUUUAAAGUUACUCAGAGCUGACACUAUGGCCACCAGAUCAGAACCAGAUCACAUCAGCUGAUAAACAGAAAGCCCAGCUCACAGCAAUGGCCUUUAGUGGAGCAUUGACUACGGCUUCUGACCCGGUUCUGUUUGGACGUGGAGUCAGACCAGGAGUGGUGGCGUUGGGCUGUGAUGCGUUCACUGACUCAGACUGAUUUCAUCACUUCAUUAUUAUCAUUAUCAUUUUCAGCUGUUGUUUACGUCCAGAUUUGCUGCCUGGAUUCUUCUGGUCAAGUAAAUUUCGGAUAAAAUGCGACACGACCGUUCAAACUGCAGAUGUUUUGAAAACUACCGGAUCCAAUUUAGUUCCACGUCUGGAAGUGGAGCGGAUCCAAACGGGGCCGUUCAGGCUGCUGUGAAAAAGUCCGAUUUGGGUCGUAGUCACCUUCUGUGUGAACGUAUGAGACACUACAGAUAACAAGGUGGGGAAGGUUCUGGUUUAGUGUCGGCUCUUCCGGUUCUGGACCAGUGAAGGUCGAACCACUUCCUCUGGAUUAGUGGGAGGAAUCAGUCCGGAUGGAUGAGGUGAGGCCUGUUGCUCCGAUCUGUUAACAGUCGGCUUCCUGGACCCAGCCUUGGGGGUGGAGUAGAGCGUCUCCUUGCUGGGAACUCUUUGCUCUCUUAGGAUGUCUUUCCACCUGAUAGUCCCAUAGAUUCAGUUCUGUUGGAACCAAAACUUCACCAUCUGAUCCAUCUCCAGCUGCUGUGGUUCUCUGGUUCUUGGUUGGUCGCUUGGAGACUGCAGCUAGCAUAAAGCUGCUGCUGGAAGUUCCAACCUUCAUCCAUAGCCAGCUGAUUUCUGGGCCGGUUUUUGCCUGGUGCAGAACCGUGAAGCAGGCCUAACCAGAUCUGACUCCAUCUUCAGUAAUUAUCCAGCAUUUCUAACACUGGCCUCAGUGAGCAAGCUACGUUAUAGCAGAGCACGGGACUAAGUUGAGUCAGGAAGUGCUUUGCUGUUGUCUGGAUUACUGAUGGGAUCAAUCAAAGUUCUGAUCGCUUUGUGGUUUUAUUUCCUCCACCCACAAGCUAACAGAACUUGGACACUUAAAGUGUUUCAGAUCAUCAAACCAGGUUUUAUAUCAGACAAAGAGAAACGGAGUAAAAACAACCAAUUCAUUAGGACCUGUCUGACAGCACGAAGUAGGCGAAUCACUUCCAAUCUGAAGAAAUUCGAGAUACAGACUAUAAAUAAACAUCCAGCAGUCUGGAAAGAAUUACAGAACCGUCUAGAAGGUUGUGGGUUUCCAGAGAACCUCAGUAGAACCAGGAUCCACACAUGGAGAACCUUCCCAGGAAAGGCUAAGGUACCAAAAUGGCUCCAGGAAAACAUCAGGGACUCAUCCAGGAGGUCCAAAAGAACCCACAACAAAAUUUUUAUGACACAUUGGCUGGAACCAUAGCUUCUCCCUCAGUUAAGGUCAGAGGUCACGACUGCACAAUAAGAAAGAGAAACUGGGCAAAAAUGGCUUCCAUGGGAGCGAUCUAAGACCAAAACCACUGCUGAUCCAAAACAGCACAAAGACUCAUCCUGAUGUGAUAUUUCUGGAAGGUUUUGGUUUUGUUACGUCUGGAUUCAAACCUCAGCCUUUCUGAACCAUCCAUACAUUCAAGCAUGGUGGUGGGGGCAUCAUGAUGUGGGACUGCUGCAGGACUUGGUGGAUGGAAUCCUGAGUUCUGCUAUUUGUCCGACCGUCAGUCAGGUUGUGAUCUUAAACUCUGUAACGUCUCAAAAACCAAAACGAUGGUUUUGGAGUGGCCUAGUCAAAGUCCAGACAUGGCGUAACACUUUAGCACUCCCUCAAACAGAUUAAUCCAGCUAGAAAACCCUCCAGUGUCUGAAUUAAAUGAAUUCAGUAAAGCAGUGAGGGUCAAAGUUCCUCCAGAGAGACUCAAGAACGCCUGGUGGAACCAGCAGUUUGGAGGUUUGGGGUGUGGAUACUGUCCCCAGCGGACCGGUCGGGUUUCCUUUGUCUCACAUUAUGUCUGGUCUGGUGAUCUGAAUCGUUAGAGUCUCUUUAAUGUGCUAAAGCGUUCCUCCAGAUCAUUCCCUUCUUCUCAUUCGCUGGAGCCAGUCAGGUUAGAGUCCUCUGCUGCCCCCUGGUGGCGGGACUCAUCCCUCCAGCCGCAUGUUUUCCUCCAUCCAGCUUCCAUAAAACGCUCGGAAGAACAGGAAUAUGUUGCUGCUUCAUUAAUACAUAUUCUGAGGUUUUAAUAAACCAGAUACCUCAAACAUUAAUUAUUUCUUGUUUUGCUUUUAAGGUGAAUCUUAUCCGUUCUGAGAGCAGAAACCAGAACUUAAAGAAGUUAAUCAACCCAUAAAAAAAUCUGAGCCUCACAUCUUAAAUCGAAUACAUGUAGCAUUUUUAUUUUAAAACAUUUUAAUUUGUUUUUACUGUUAUUGUAUUUGUGAACACAUUAAGCAUAUCUUUAUUUGUAUGGCAAGUCAUUAGUAUGAAAAGUAAAUCAUAAAUAACAGGAUAGAGUAUUUUAACCAAUUCAACUCACCUUACCAGCUAUUUUUAAAACACAAAGAAUUAUUAAUCUUUAACAGGAAUGUGUUUAUUUCUUAUUUAGUACACUACUGUAGUUUUCAGUUUUGUUUUAUAACUUGAACUUAUGUUUUAGUAAUUCUAAACUUGUAGUGAUCGAUUAAAAUACCCUAAAAUCCAGGAGGAAAGCGCUAAAAAAACCUUCUUGUUAAUAAAAUAUGCACAAAGCCCCAUUAGGUCACUGUUGCUAAAUAAAAAUCCCCCCGCCCCCCCAAAAAAAAAGACAAAGUUUGAUUUGAGCAGGGGUGUCCAAACCUUUUGUCACUGGAAUCUAAAGUACUCACAGGCCAAAAAUAAAAAUAAGUAAAUAGAUUUUGUUUUUCGGUUUGUGGGAAAGGGAUUUUAUUCAAUAUAUAGAUGAAAAACUUUAAAAGGAUUUUAUUAUAAGAAAGGAAUCUGCUUUGCAAAUUAUUUUUGGCUCGAUUGAACAAAUUUAUUCUCAGUUAUAAAAGCAAAAUUUGGGUCACUUUAUUUCAAAAUGAUUAUGUUUAGCCUAAUUUAAUAAAUUAAAUAACAGCUGGUUUAGGUGCAGGAAAUUUUCUGGAUAAAUGUUGUUCUACUCUUGAUAAAAACCUGGAAAUUAAAAGACAAAUACUUUACAUUGUACUGAACAUUUUCCAUUGUUAAAAUAGUAUGUCCGUAUUAAUUUUACCUUGGUUAAACACAUAACAAUGGACACCCCCAAUGCAUUAACAUGCAGAUUAUUUUUAUACCAACGGCUUGCCAUAUAUCCAGCUCAUCAAAAGCUUUCAGUAAUAAUCCAGAACUUUUUUAGAUCCAUAAAUUACAAUCCUAAGUAAACCAAAGAGUCCCGUUACGGCGUGAAUAUAAAGACAGAUUUUUAAUUUCAGUAAACUGAACUGACCUUCAGUCUGUUUAACUUUAUUUUUAGCAUCUAGCCGUAAAAAUACAGACUUCUAUUAAAGUUUUAUAUUAUAAAUUCUAUUUUUCAUUUUGGAAAAUGGAGUUAGGCUUCUAAAACAAUUUACCAGGAUCUUCUAAAUAUUAGUGGACGUAGUUUAGACUUGCAGGACCACUUUAUUAGGUACACCUGUUUUAUUGCUUCCCAACACAAAGCUGCUGAUCUACUGGGAUUUUCACCUACAGCCCUUUAUCCUGUUGGUUUAUCAGCUGACUUCUACCAUAAAAGAAGACUUCUUUAGAAAACACAAAUGUGAAUUUGAUUUAUUCGACUUGUUUAAAAGACAGCGAUCCAAAUUCAGUUUUUAUGUCUGACAAUAGGCUGAACGUUUCUCUGCUAACUGUAUAUUUUGAUUUUCAGAAUGUGAAAAAGUCUUAAGUUUUUUAUCUACAAAUAUUUAAGCUUCCCCUUUCUGUUUUCAAAAAAAACAUAAAAUGAACUGACUUUUGUUUUCUCAUUUAAUCAAAACAAAACACUGUAGUUUUUUGUGGUUUUAGAAUUUUGUUUUGACUUAACAAUUUUGUAAAUAAGUUUGGAGACUCCUGUCCGACUGAAUCUGUGUACCACAGCAUGUAGGAGGUUCUGAUGGGGGGGUGGUACCUAAUAAAGUGGCCAUUUAUGCCUCUGUUUCUACUUAGCGGUAGAAACUGAU